ACCCUCCAUUGGCCAGAGUCAGACUCGAGCCAAUAAGAAGUUCUCCUAGGCGAGACCACUAUAUCUAAAGAAAAGAGUGAAGAUUAAUGUGAGUGCAAUUUUGAGUGGAAACCAAGAUGGCCAAUUUUUCAAGUCACUACGGAAUGUUGGUGUCUCUCUUGCUUACGUGGAUCCAAAUCCAAGCCAAGGUGUUUUGCUACCAAUACAAAGUUGGAGAUCUAGAUGCUUGGGGGAUACCCUCCUCAGAAAAUCCACAAGUCUACACAAAAUGGUCCAAAUAUCACAAUCUCACAAUUGGAGACUCCCUUUUGUUUCUAUACCCACCAAGUCAAGAUUCAAUGAUUCAAGUAACAGAGGAAUCAUACAAGAGCUGCAACAUUAAAGACCCGAUAUUGUACAUGAACAAUGGCAACACUUUGUUUAACAUUACAUCAAAGGGCCAAUUUUUCUUCACUAGUGGUGAACCUGGUCAUUGCCAAAAAAAUCAAAAGCUUCAUGUAGCUGUUGGUGAAGGAAUAAUGGAAACUAUGGAUACAGCACCUGGUCCAAGUUCGUCAUUGCCUGCAUCUGCACCCUCCUAUCCCACAGUAUUUGGCAAUAUUCCAGUAGCUCCUUCUACCUCAACCUCAACUCAACUCAUUUCAACAUCUCAACUUCUCAUCAUUGGAUUUGUGAUAUGUGCGCUCUUCUCUUCCUUAAUGUGAAAUUAAAAUGUCCAUGUCUUUGCCAUUGAGAGUGUACAUCAAUCGACCCAAGAUUAUUCUAGCUUGCUUAAUGAGUAAUUUUGAGUUAGUUUUAAAUAUGCAUAUGUAUAAAAGUCAUUCAUCAUCAUUCUAUAUCAUUCUAUCCGACUCAAAUAAGAUUAUCCUAAAAAAUGUCCAAUGUUUUUUUUUUCUU